AUGUCUGGUAACGAAGAAACGCUCAAGAAUAUCCCAGAGAACGCCGAUGCGUAUGCGCUCGUAACGCUCGCCAUUUGCAUCCCAUCGGUGUUUGCUCAUCUUCUGAUUGGCUAUGUAAGUAUACACAGGCUAUGAAAAUAUGUUUUUUACGGUUUUUCAAAAAGUGCAUUGACUUUUUUCGCAAUCCGCACUGUGCAAAAACCACCAUUUUGCACCGUGCAUUUGACAUUUUGCACUGUGCAAUGGAAAUAUCGCGCGACAAGAGAGAUUUUCAGCGGAGUCGCUGCGACAUUUCUGAAGCGAUUUCGCGCGAUGAGUGAAAAUGCACAGUGCAAAAUGAUCGAAAAGGCCGCACCGUGCGAAAAAAAGAGAAGGGUUUUUGUCUGCACCGAGCUUGCACUGUGCAUUUGACCUUUCGCACCGUGCAAUCAACAUAUCGCUGCGACGCAGGCUUUUUCUCAAUUCCGUCGCCGCAAGUUUGCAUAAGAAUUUGCACUGUGCAAAAAAGGGGUUUUGGGGGUCUGAACCGUGCGAAAGAAUUUGCUCUGCGUGAGAGAAUUUGCACUGUGCAAAUUUUGUUUUCGGUGUUCGCACUGUGCAAAAACUCCCAUUUUGCACCGUGCAUUUGAAAUUUUGCACUGUGCAACGCAAAUAUCGCGCGAGAAAAGCCAUUUUCAGCAGAGUCGCUGCGACGUUUCCGAAGCUUCAAUAAAUCUUAAAAAAUUUUUUUGGUCGAUUUCAUGGUCGAAAAAAAAAAUAAUUUUUUGUCUAAACUGAUAUUGUAUUUAAUUUUAAGCUUUUCAAACCUUUUUAACCUCUGCUUUAAACGGCAAAAAUUGGAUUGAAAUAUUUAUAGAAACCUAAAUGCAACGUUCAUGUUUCCUUCCAGUUUUGCACACACACCGGGCCAAUUUUCGUUUCUCGCGUUUCUUUAGUGUUCCUGUAUUAAUAUAUGCCACAGGUUUGGUACAUUAGAAUCGACGUAAAUGACAUUUCUGUAUGGUUUUCACCUGUCGCAGCCGGUUGAAGGUCAUAGGUUGUUUUGCGAAAAAACCAAAGUGUAAAUACGUGUAUAUGUAACAUAUAGAUAGAAGCGGACGCAGAAAAAGUUUUUAUUUUUUUGGCCACCACACAAAAAAUUUAAAAAAAUAACAAAAAAGAUCAGUGUUUUUCUUUCCAUGCGAGCUGCGCUUAGGGGAAGAAAAGAAGCCUAACAUUUUCUGCGACAAAUCCACAUUAUUUUCCCGACAGACUGAUCUUUUCAUAAAAUGCAUGGAGAUUUUGUUGCGGUCCGCACCGUGCACAAAAACCCCCCAUUUUGCACCGUGCAUUUCGGCUUUUUUGGUUUUCGCACUGUGCAUCUGAAAUAUCGCCGCGACAUAAGCAAGUUUCAACCAUUUCUUGAGGUUUGCACUGUGCGAAACGAGAAAACGCACUGUGCGUUAGCGACAAGCGUGGGAAAAAAGUUCAAAAUGCACUGUGCAUCGCCAAAAAAAGUCUACGCACUUUGGAAAAAGCGUAGUAAUACUAUAUAUAAUAUAAAGAACGUUGUUUCAGGCAACACUAAAGUCCCCCCUGUUCAACAAGCAGCUAGCCCUACGCGCCAAUUUUUUCAUUUCGUUGGCCGCCGGCUUGCAUGUGCCGUAUUUCAUUUUCGGCGCGAUUCAGCAGCUAAUGCAACAUGCCUACGCCAAUAUUUAUGUCGAUGUAAGUCGCCGAGUCCGUCGGGAAAAUAGUGAGCACACUGUUGCUGCGCUGACCGUGUUGCUGAAGUGAAAGCAAUUUGAUUUUCUCUGCAACACAAUUCAUUUUCUCGGCGGCGAUGCGAUUUUGGAUGCAACAGAGUGCUCAUUAUUUCCCCGACAGGCUGAUAGCGUGCAUAAAGAUUGAGCUUUUGAAUCUUUCUUUUUCAGAUCUGGUCACUCACCUCCGACGUUUUCUGGUACUCCAUGAUCUUUCAACACAUUUUCCUCGCGAUCUAUCGGGUGCUCAUCGUAAAUACAGCCUUUGUUCACAAAGAGGAACAAAGGCGCAAAUACGAUGUAAGCCAUUGUAAAAUUCGGUGAUUAAUAUUCCGACCGUGAAGUCGCUGGAGUGAUUUCUGCGACAUGCACUGUGCAGAAAAAGUCAGAGCGACAGCCCAAAAAAGCCGAUCGCACGGUGCAAAAUGAACCUUGUUUUCGCACAGUGCAUGUCGCGAAAAUCACUCCAGCGACGUUGCAAACGGACGAGUAGUCGUUCCAGAGAGUGCGUAGAUUUUUUGGCAUCUUUUCACACCACACCGUGCAAGUUUCCUGUUCCCCGCGCGAUUCCUUUCGCCCGCCCAAAAUUCGCGCCGACUCCGUUGAGAAAAUUUUUCAAUUUGAAAAAUAUUUCCGUCGUAUAACAUGUCACACCUCAUUUUUUUCAAUUUGAAAAAAUUUUCCAUCGUAUAACAUGUCACACCUCAUUUUUUUCAAUUUGAAAAAUAUUUCCGUCGUAUAACAUGUCACACCUCAUUUUUUUCAAUUUGAAAAAAAAUUUCCGUCGUAUAACAUGUCACACCUAUUUUUUCAAUUUGAAAAAAAUUUCCGUCGUAUAGCAUGUCACACCUCAUUUUUUUCAAUUUGGAAAAAAUUUCCAUCGUAUAACAUGUCACACCUCAUUUUUUUCAAUUUGAAAAAAAAUUUCCUUCGUAUAACAUGUCACACCUAUUUUUUCAAUUUGAAAAAAAUUUCCGUCGUAUAACAUGUCACACCUCAUUUUUUUCAAUUUGAAAAAAUUUUUUAUCGUAUAACAUGUCACACUUCAUUUUUUCAGUUUGAAAAAAAAAAGUUUCCGUCGUAUAACAUGUCACACCUCAUUUUUUUCAAUUUGGAAAAAAUUUCCAUCGUAUAACAUGUCACACCUCAUUUUUUUCAAUUUUCGGCUCUCUUUGCAAAGCGUCAGCUAAAAUUUUCAAGAAUUGAUAUGUGGCCUAUACCCAACAUCUUCUCAAAAUUUUAAGAAAAUCUGAAAAUUACACACAUUACACUUGAGGUGCUUCUCAUGUAAACCAAGCUUAAAUUUAACUGUUUAAAAACCCGUCGCUUUCAGUACCCGAUCCUCCUCAGUUGGCUGGCUGGAAUUCUGUUCACAGUAGCUCAUAACGCCCGCUCCUAUGACGUCAUCUACACGUAUGAUCUGGCGAAAGUUGGCUGGGUAUCCAGAGCCAAAUUCGGGUUGGCCGAGGACAUUUUAUUGGCAAUUAAAAUUAGUCUAAUGACCGUUGGACUGAUCUGCACUGGGAUUGUGAUGCGGCGGAUUUUGCGACAAGUAAGAGGAGUGACAGACUAUGAUCAGUCUGUCGGGAAAAUAAUGUGCACUCUGUCGCAGCGAAAAUCGGAUCACCGCCUUGCAAAUGAAUUGUGUCGGGGAAAAGAUCAAAUUGUUUUUCACUUCAGCAACGCGAUCGGCACAGCGACAUUGUGCUCAUUAUUUUCCCGACAGAACGAUACUAUGCUUUUUCAAAAGUGCGCAAAAAAUCAUGGCUAAAGUUCCUUAUUUUGGCCACAACUUAUAACUUUGCGGAAACUGGUCGGAAUUAGCCCAAAUUUAGCGUGCACGCUCAAUUCAUCGUUGUCAAUGCCCGGACAGUGGAUUUAGUUAGUGAGGUACCUUCUUUUUUACGUACCACCUUACCCUUCAAAAACGGCUGCAGCCUGUGAUUUUACACUUUAUGCGAUGAAACAUGUCCGGAACUAAACUUAUUGCCUCCGUAUGGAACUAAAUGAGUCGUCACAGCCUUCGUAGGUACCCUUAAAACGAGCUAUUAUAGUAAUUCAGUGCCAGCUAGGUCGAAGCGUUUUUUCUUAACUUUAGUGCCCAAGCUUGGGCGCAGUUCGCGGGGUACCUUUGUUUUGGCCAAAAUAAGGAACUUUUUCCAAAAUCAUUUUUUUUCCGCGCGAAACUCGCAAAAAUAUGGCCAAAAAGUGUUUUCUCUGACCACUCUCCGCAUUUAGCGUACUCUCUCGGCCGAAACGAUCGUCAAAUAUUUCUCUCUCCCUGAAAGCGCGAGCUAAAACAUUUAUGGAUUUAAAAACAAGCGUAUUUUACAAUUUGCAGAAGAGUCGAUUCGGUCUGCAUGAACUUCGCAUCUUCCUGGUCGGCUCAAUUAUUUUCGUACUUCUAUUUAUUCGCGAAUUCAUCCGCGUUCUGAUCGAAAAUAUUUGGUUCUUCAAGUAUUUCUGGACGAAUUCGUAUGCCAUCCGCAACAUGUUGGCGGUUCUUGUGGUCUGCCUACCUCCGUAUUUGUCGGUUAUUUUGAAUAGGUAAGAUCUUCUUGAUCUUUUGGGUUUAUGUCUGUAAGCAUGGCCCAGGGCAAUUCUUUGCAAAUUCACGACAAGACGGGUUGUCAUAUUAUCAGUCUGUCGGGAAAAUAGUGAGCACUCUGUCGCUUCCAAAAUCGCAUCGCCGCCGAGAAAAUGAAUUGUGUCGCGGAGAAAAUCAAAUUUAGGUGGGACAUGUUAUACGACUGAAACUUUUUUUCAAUUUAAAAAAAUUUUCCAUCGUAUAACAUGUCACAUCUAAUUUUUUCAAUUAGAAAAAAAAAUUCAACGUAUAACAUGUCACAUCAAUUUUUUUCAAUUUGGAUUUUUUUUCAUCGUAUAACAUGACACAUCAAAUUUUUUCAAUUUGAAAAAUUUUUCCAUCGUAUAACAUGUCACACCUAAUUUUUCUCAAUUUUGAAAAAUUUUUUCAUCGUAUAACAUGUCACACCGAAUCUUUCUCAAUUUGAAAAAAAAAAUUCGUCGUAUAACAUGACACAUCCAAUUUUUUCAAUUUGAAAAAAAAUUUCAUCGUAUAACAUGUCACACCGAAUUUUUUUCAAUUUGAAAAAAUUUUUCAUCGUAUAAAAUGUCACACCUAAUCUUUCUCAAUUUGAAAGAAUUUUUCAUCGUAUAACAUGUCACACCAAAUUUUUCUCAAUUUGAAAAAUUUUUUCAUCAUAUAACAUGUCACACCAAAUUUUUCUCAAUUUAAAAAAAUUUCCGUCGUAUAACAUGACACAUAUAAUUUUUUUCAAUUUUAAAAUUUUUUUUUAUCGUAUGACAUGUCACAAUUCAUUUUUUCAGUUUGAAAAAAAAAUUUCAUCGUAUAACAUGUCACACCGAUUUUUUCUCAAUUUGAAAAAUGAGGGGGAGUGUUCAAAAAAAGAGGAGUGUUCAUUUAAGGGGGAGUAUUCAAAAAGGGGGAGAGCUCGGAAAAAACGGAGAGCUCGGGCUCAAUCGGACAAAAUUGUACAACUCCACAUUAUUUUCCCGACGAACUGAGAUGAGAAUUUCCUGAGCCGGGGUUUUUAAAAUUCCCCCAGGCGCUCGGAAACUUCGGCCCGCUUCGAUAUUUGGCCAUGCUUUAAACUUCAGUCUUACGACAGAUAUUAGUCAGUUUUUGAAUUUCAGUCAACUCCGCAAUCAACUUCACACUCAGAUCUUUGGCACCACCACCGGCACAUCAUCGUUUAUUGAUUUGGGAAACGACACAACGAUUACGAAAGCGCAGCAUUCUUGGAGACACAUACAGGUCAAGGUCUUGCCCAUGAGCAAGUCUUUCCAUCGGUGA